ACAAAAAUAAAACAAAAAAUUCGACGAUCCAAAUCAAUUUUUUUUUUCGAGAAAAUUUUUUUUUUUCAUUUGGAAAACUUAAUUUGGAUCCUUUCAUAGACAAUGUUUUUCGGAGAAUUUUUUGAGCGUGUGAUUCUUUUUGUUUUAAAAAAAACUUUGGACCGUUGGUAAAAAGAAAAAACCAUUCGCGAUGGAUUUCAGUCAAUUUAUCCUAAAUGAAUCGUAUACAUUAUCACCAUAUAAAAUUUGUGUUGCAAAUUUUAUCUGUUCAUAUCUUGAAUAUCGUCAAUCACAUGAAAUGUCACCAAUAGAAUCAUCAAAAUCAUCAUCAUCAUCAUCAUCGUUAGAUGUUAAUGCACAUGGAUAUUUAUCAUAUAAACUAAUCAUGUCAAUGGAUUGUUCAUUUGAAGAAUUAUUAUUUCGUAUUGAAAAUAAUGAUUGUUAUCGUUCGAAAAUUGCUGGCGAAGUUUUACAAAUAUUUCAUAAAGAAUUGAAUCGUUUACGUCGUUCGGAUAUUAAAUAUUUUUAUGAUUUUUUUGAUAAAGUUCGUUUAUUGGCACAGAAAAAAUUCUUUAAAAAUCGUAUUAAACUUUUGGAUGAAUUAUGUGAUCAGGAUCAUUCUGCUGCUGGUGGUUUUUCACACAAUCAAAUACAUAAAAUGUCAUUGAUUGGUAUAUUUCUACGUAAAUUAAUGAUCUAUUAUGAACGAUUAUCAUAUUGUGAAACUUCAACUUUAUUUGAUCAAUUACAAAAUUAUCUUUUAGUUACUGAUGAUAAUGGUCAGAAUGAUGAAAGUGAAAAACAACAUAUUGAUCAAAAACAAUCAAACAAAUCCGACCAUCAAAACAGUAAACUUUUAAAUAAUUUAAUUCAUAUUGAAUCUAAAUUGAAAACAAACAAAGCUAAACAUAAUGAAAUAUUUGUUAAACAUUUAUUGGAAUUGAUUGAAAAAGUUCGAUCAAAACCAAUUGAUUCAACAGCAACGAAUAACGAUAAUAAUGAUAAUGUUAAUGAACAACAAAGUUUACAAAAAACCGAAUAUAAUUUAUCAAGUAAACGAAAAUUAAGUGAUGAAAAUUCUGGUAAUACAUUCAAAUCAUUGGAUAUAUCGAUGGAUAUUGAUGAUUCAAUGAUGACACCAUCAUCAAAUAAACGUUCGAUUGUUAUUAGUAAUCAACAACAACAAUCAUCAAUACCAAUGGAUCUUGAUAUUACGCUCAAUGAUGAUAUGGAUACUGACAUGUCGUCAAUCGAUCGUACUGUAUUCGAUUCAACAAAUGGACAAAAAUCAAGUUUAAUUUCCAAUUCAAAUACAACAGUUGCCGAUGAUGAUAAUGAUGAUGAUGGUAAAAUGAAAAAAGUAUCGAAAAAAAUUAAUCAUCAUAAUGUGUAUGAUACAUUUGAACAUUAUAUUGUAAAACAAAUUUAUAAAAUACAAUAUAAUGAAAAAUUGGCAUUGAGACCACAACAGGUUAUGCAAUAUUUACGUGAAAAAUUUACCAAAGAUAAUAUGUUCUAUUAUAAUCGUUUUAUAACAUAUAAUUAUUUGGCAAAUUUAAAUCUGAUUCGUGGUUUUGAAGGACAAACUGGCCAAACAGAUCAACCAUCACUUUUGAAUGGUAAUUCAAUGUUACCGGUAUUGGAUAAUAAUCGUUCAAAUAAUAAUAAUAUGAAUGGUACGAAUUUUAAUGGUGGAAUUAUGGUCGCAACACCUGGUGGUGGUGGAAAUGCUACGGGAUUGUAUGUACCACCGAUAGCAACUACAUCGGCACCAAUUACCGUAGAUUCAUUGAAUAAAAAAUAUCGUUCUUUAUUUCGUUCGAUCAAUUUUUUCAACGAUAUUGAAUAUCUAAAAUUUAUCAAUGCGUUACGUGUUAAUAAUUUUACAAUGGCAAGAAAAGCAUUUUUCGAUUAUUUUGAUCUGAAAAAACCAAGUUUUGAACCUGAUCCUAAAUAUAUAACAAAUUCAUUAACAAAUCCUUCAAAUACAUCGAUAAGAAAUGGUAGUAUUGGAAAUGGUAUUCAUCAUCCGAAUGGAGCGAAUAUUCCACGCGGUAUGAUUGAUGGUCCAUCGAAUCAUCCGGUUGGUCAUCAACAUGGUAAUCUGGGUUUUCGUAAUCAACGUAAUGGAAAUGAUUCGGGAAAUAAUGCUAUUGAUUCUGUAUCAGGACGUAACCUAAUGUAUAGUAGUUCAAAUUAUUGUUGGUCAUCAUUAAAUCUAGCAAUGAUGUAUUAUCAUUUUAAAUAUUAUCGUUUAGCAUAUGAUGCAUUGGUUGAUUGUCUUUCAUUAGCACGUGAAAAAUGUGAUGAACGUUGUUUACAAUAUACAAUGUUAUGGAUAUUACAAAUAUCACAACAUUUAGAUCAUUCAAAACCUAUUGCUAUUGAACAUUUAAAUCUAUGUUCUGAAUCCGAAACAAAUCAUUAUCUACGUAAGAAAAAAAUGAAUAAAGUUUAUGCUGAUUUAGAUUUAAUGGAAAAUAUUAUCGGACUGAUUUUAACAAAUCCAUUAACAUUACCAUAUAUUUUGGCAAAAACAUUUUUACAUUUUCAACGAUUACAAUAUUUGAAACCUGGUCCAUUAUUAUCCGAACAAUUAUCAUUAUCCGAUGUCCAAUUGGAUGGUCCAAUGACUUGUUCAAAUAAUCAUCAACGAUCACCAUUUUUACCACAAUCAAUUUAUUUGGCUAUUAAAUAUCGUCUUUUUGAUGUAUUAGGUGAACAAUUUAGUAUGAUAUCGGCAAUAUUUAAUGCAUAUGGCGGAACACAUUUAGCAUCAACUUAUGCAAAAUUAUGGCUUCGAAUGGAUGUAAUCGAAACAAUUAUGGAAGAACGUAUAUUUCGUUUAGAUGAAUCAACACCAAUAGCCAUUCGAAAUAUGGCACAUUAUUUAUGGUUUGUUCGUGGUGAUUUUCAACAGGCUAUCGAUUUAAUCAAUUGUUUUCGUAAACAUUUUUCAUCAUAUAAUCAAUAUGCUAAAAAAAUUAUGGAACAAGCUUUGAUUGAAAUAAUGUUUGAUUAUAAUCUAAAUAUUGGUCAUUGGAAUGCAGCAACAAAAUGUUUGAAUGCAAUUCGUCGUUUGGAUCGUACACGUUCAUAUUUAAUGUUAGUUCGACUUCGUUAUCGACAAAAUGAACCAAUAACAGCAUUAGAAUGUUUGGAUAUGAUUAUUCCAUAUGUACCAGGUGGUGGUGGUACAUUUAAACAAACACAAAUGACAAGUGAAUCACAAACAUUUAAACUAUCUGGAACUACUUAUCUUCGACAGAAUCUUUUUCAAUCUUCAGUAUCGAAUUCUGCUGCUGUUGUUGAUGAUUAUCAACAAGAAGAAGAUCAUGUAAUUUUAAAAACAUCGAACAAACAACCAACUAAUGAUCAAACAUCACAGCAACAAAUUGAUAGUAAUAAUUCGAAACCAAUAUCAAUGGGUUCAUUUUAUUCAAAAAAUCUUAAUUAUUAUGAACGAAUACAACCACCACCACCCGAAGAAUUAGAAUCGGAAAAUGAAAGAAAAUUAGUACCGGAAUUAGAUCCAUAUACAACGAUUGAAUGUCAUUUGAUUCGUGGUACAAUACUACAGGAUUUAUCCAUAUUAUUUGAAUGUGUUGCACAAUCAUUGAUACAUGGUUUUAAACAACUUGAAUGUCGAUCAUUAAUACAGAUUGCUAGAAUUCAAUCCGAACAAUAUGGACAACAUAAUGAUGCAGCUGAAAUAAUUGAAUCAUUAAUGCAUCGUAUAUUAUCACAAUCAACAAUAAAAGAUUUAGCCGAAUCAAUGUUUGUUUAUGCAUCAAUUUUAUAUCAAAUUAAUCGACAACAAUCGAAAGAAAAGAAUCGAUUAUCAUCAUCAGCAAAUGAAUAUCGUUCGAUUUUAAAACGAUUAGUUAAUAAUGAUGGCGAUUAUGAUAAUAAUCAUUCCAUAUUGGAUCCAGCAUCCAAAUUGAUAAAACGUUCAAUAAUAUUAUGGCAAUAUAUAAAUGAUCGUCAACGAUUAUUAGAUUCAUUAAGACAGGCGGCUUUGAUUGAAAAUGAUCGUCAAAAUUUUGUUGGAAGAAAUUUUUUCAGUAAACGUGCACGUCAAAUACGUCAAAAUCCUUUCCAUAAAUAA